AUGGCGGCAUCCAAUAGCGCUGUUAGCGCAUCAGCUACUCCUGACUAUCACAAUGCUCUUAUUUUGGACGAAGUUGGAAAACCAAUGCACGUUGAACAGCGGCCUACACCGAAACCUGGCCCAGGGAGCGUACUCAUCCGCAUCCUUGCCUCGUCGAUCAGAGCCAAUUCUCGUCGCGUCUACCAAGAGCCCAGUAGUGGCCACCCCUUGCCCACACCAUUCGUACCCGGUUUCGCGGCUAUCGGACGAGUUGCAGAAAUCGGUCCAGACGCAACACGCCUACAAGGGGGCCAACUGGUAUUUUUCGACCCUUACAUAAUAGGCCGCGAUUCAUCUGAUGCCAAGUAUAUCAGUGGACUUCUGGAAUGGGUCGAUGAAGAGAGUAGAAGACUCUCUCGCGGCGAAUGGAAGGACUCGACUUUUGCAGAGUUUGCCAACCUGCCCCUGGAGAAUUGCUUCCCUCUCGAUGAAGCACGCCUUAUGAGACCUUCUCAGGACGGAGGGCUGGGCUAUACGCUGGACGAUCUUACACACUUGUUUAGCAUGCUGAUCCCUUUCGGGGGUCUUGCAGAUAUCGACCUCAAAGCUGGCGAAACUGCAAUCAUUGCGCCAGCAACAGGAAGAUACGGCAGUGCUGCGGUGCAUCUUGCACUGGCUUUGGGGGCGCGGGUUAUUGCCAUUGGCCGCAACAGGACAAUCCUCCAGCAGCUUGCCACCAUACAUCCUCAACGCCUGAGUACCGUUCCCAUUACUGGUGACGUUGAUGCUGAUACCCAAGGGCUUCGCGCAGCAACAGGCCCUGGCGGUGCGGAUGUGUUUUGGGACAUGUCGCCACCAGGCGCUGGCACUUCAACGCAUUUCACAAGUAGUCUCAAUGUCCUGAAAAACCGGGGGCGCAUCAGUUUGAUGGGUAGUGUCCUAUCCGGUAUCAGCUUCGACUACAUGCAGAUUCUAGUCAAAGGGUUGACAAUCAAGGGGACUUGGAUGUGCACGAAGGAGCAGACAAGAAGAUUGAUCAGUAUGGCUGAGACAGGGCUACUGCCACUAGAUUCUCAUAGUAUGGGGCCAGUUCGAAAGUUCAAGUUGGAGGAUUGGGCAGCGGCGUUCAACACUGGUGCUGAGAGAACCGAGCCAGGUGAGGUUGUCAUAACACCAUAG